UUACGUAAUAAACCUGUCCUGAUAAGGCAGAUUCAGACCAAAAAUGUCUCAUUCUCUUUCCAGAAACCAAAACCACUUGGGACGAGUAAGGAGACAGGGAAGGCGAAGGUGAAGCUCAGUGCGCUAUUGGCUCCUCCCACCUUGUGUCUGUGUGUGAGUAGCGCUGCGGCUGACUGUCAGUCCCGCUCUGUGAGCUCCUGAGCUUGCUCCUCACCGCGCUACUCGGGAAACUGACUGCCAGCUGACUGCCAUUCCACAGCAACAUCAGAUCAAUACGACAAUUCAAAUAUUGACCUAGAGCAGCUGUGAGAAAAUAUUAUACUUUCUUCUGUCUGCACCCACUGUGAUCUUCGGGAAAUCAUUAACAUCCAGUGAAAGCACCAGUAGAGAUGCCGGCAAAAACGCCCAUCUAUCUUAAAACUUCCACUCCCAAGCGAGGUAAAAAGCCAAAACUUCGAGAUGUACUUUCAAGGGAGAUGAUCAGUCCUCCUCUGGGAGAUUUUAGGCACAGUGCUCACAUAGGACUUGAUGGAGAAGGAGAUAUGUUUGGGGAGCUGUCCUUUUUGCAAGGAAAGUAUGACCUGAUUCCAAACAUGGGUCGGAAGUUUACCAUUCAUAGUACUGACACCAGCCUUGAUGAAGAGUUUCACAAUGAUGCCAGUUCUGCGAGUUACAGAUCAUAUCUGAAGAGUGCAGUGUCUCUUCCAGCCUUCAGUGCUCCCCAUAGUAAGGAGAGAGCACCACCAAAGCCCCCUAGGUUACACUUGGAAGAGGCUCCAAGUCAACGUUCUAUGUCUAUCAGCUAUGGUGAAAGAUGCUUUUCAAGAGAUGAGAAUGUUUCAUUUCCAUCUAUCCCUUUGGACCAAGACAGCGGAAAUCUUGUGGCUUAUGAUAGUUCAUCUGAGGGAUCAAUCAAUGAAGAUAGUGCCCAGAGCCUUGGUUCCACUUCUGACCCAAUGCAGGAAAACAAAGACAACCAACUCACCCAGGAACAAGGCAUUCCAAAAUCCGAGUCCCUCUCUGGGCUUGAAUUAGACCUGGGACCUUCCAUCUUGGAUGAUGUUUUGAGGAUAAUGGAUGAUUAUAAACUUUAAGACUAUGAGAAAAAUGGAUUAUUUUAAACUCUUAGAUUAAGGAAAACAGAGAUUUUGUACAAAGAUACAUGAACAUUAUUUAUUAACUUGGAAUGAUUUAACAAGGAACAACUUUCUUAAAGGUUUAAUAAACCAACAGUUGUUUGCAAAGCAAACAAUGGGUUAGAACCCAAAAUACUGUCUUACAGUAGAUGUGAGUAUUUAGACUUUACACACUCCCUAUAAAGUUAUCAAAGUAUUGUUCAUUCCAGUGGGUGUUCUUUGCUAGCUUACAAACGGAUUCAAGAGGAUGAAGCAGCACUGGGAUAUAUAAUUCAUUAAGCUGCAAGUAGAGUAAAACUUGGAUAACAUGAACUAGCAUGGAUGGAGUUGGAGGAUGCAAACAGCCCAACAUAAAAUAGUCAUUCCGCUAACUAUCUACAGAUGCUGUGUUCAGUAUAGGAGCAUAUGAAAAACAGACAAGUGUUAUGAUGUUGACCCUUAACCAACUGAUGAUUUAGGUUUCCUGGCAAUAACGGUAGUCUAUAUCCACGGCUGGCAGUAGAUAUUGAGUGUCUAUUUAGUGAGGGAAAAGGUCUGCUGUUAGAAUGUGUCCUAUAAAUAUUUGAUGUUAAAAGCCAGUAUUUUGGCACCAAGGUACAGCAACCCGAUAGGGUGAUAACACAAUUUCCUAUGUGUAAAAAAUGUCACAGUUUUCCCAGGUGCAGGAACACAUAGUAACCAAUGAAAUGGUUACUUUUAAACAGAUUGCCAGUAAAUGUUAUCUGCUGAUUAGUUGUUAAGAUUGAUACGAACUAUGACAAACUUUACUCCUUGUAUUACAAAACCCUCAUAUAGCUUUAUAUACCACCUAAGGUAAAUCAUAAGAACAGCAAAAGUCUGAAAGGAUUCCACAUGCAUUGAAUGACACAGGGCUACAGAACAAUACGGCUACUAUUUUGAACAGAUUCAGGGUCACUUUGGAUGUUGCAACACAGACUCCCAGUUCAGUAACCCAUAGUAAGCAAUCAGUAGUUGAUCUUUACUGCCCAUGGGCUUCAUGGUAUCAAUUGCAGUAGAGCCCCAAUUUUACACUUCCCAGGGGACGGUGUCAAAAUGGCAUAAACUCUGGAAAACCAUAAAAUCCAGGGGAAAGAAAUGCCGCUUGCUGUAUGUGACCUAAAAAAACAGUGUCUUUCCUGGGAAAUUAUAAAAUCCAGGAUGUAAAAUCGUAAUUGUACUGUAUGUCAUUUCCAGAUUACUACAUAAGGGAAAACGUUGCCUGUUACACUAUGUCACUUUAUAACCCCCUUGGUCUGGAUGAUGGCAAUCACUAGAAAAAUCUGUUUUCACUAGCAAAAAUCAUUAUACAUAAAUAACAUCAUAACUGUUAUACUAUUACCUUUAAAGUACCAAUGUAUUCCAUUGUGUAUGGGUCAUGUAUAAUAAAUUAAAAAAAUUAAAGGAGGAGUAACAUCAAAAAAUUAAAGUGUUUUGCAUAAUGUAAUACAAAUAUAAUGCAGUGUUGCCCUGCACUGGUAAAGAUGCUGUGUUUGCUUCAGAAACACUACUGUUUAUAUAAAUAAGCUGCUAUGAAGCAAUGGGGGCAGCCAUUCAAAGGAGGAGAGGCUUAGGUUACACAGCACUAUUGAACUAUUGAACCCGUGCCAUAUAGCCUUUUUAUCAAUUUCCGCCAUUGCUACUCAGCAGCUUGUUUAUAUGAACUAUAGUAGUGUUUCUGAAGCAAACACAUCAGUUUUACCAGUGCAGGGCAACAAUACAUUAUAUUUGCAUUACUUUAAAACACUUUCCUUUUUUGGUGUUACUGUUCCUUUAAGUUCUUUGUCCUUCCGACAUGUCUGCCAUAAAACUUCUACUUAUAUUAGAAAGUUUAUACAUAAGGACUGGAAUAGAAAUGUGAUUACCACUAGUACAUUCUAACCCUGGGAAGUGUUGAUAUAGCACUACUGUUAGGAGGAACUGUCCUAUUGCUAUGCGUAUAUUAGUAUAUUUUUGGGUAAGGAAAGCUGAGCUAUAAAUAAAUCACUCCUAUGAA